UUUGGUGCAUGUUUUUAAAUUCUCGAAAGGUUUAUUGCAAUUUUCUUUUUGCAAUUUUCUUUUUCCACAUUAGUAUUCCUACGGGUUGGUAUUCCAUUUUGUUUUAAAUAUCAGAUUCAAAUUUAGGCCGUAUGUGCAGGGAUUGGCACAUACGAGACCGUGACCUUGUCACAUGUUCAAAGAAAAUUUAAGUUCGGGAUCAACAUAAUCGAAUGAAAGAUACGAACACAUUGAUAUUAUUCAGUAUGUUCACAAGAUGAGAGAUAAAUUGCACAAGAUAGGUAAAUUAACAGUCUAACAAUGAUUAUCAAGAUGUGAGUCAUAGCUAAGAUGCGCUCCAGCAAUAUAUAUAUAACCGUAUUCCGAGAAGAUGAAAAUAAUCAAUAUUCUGAGAAGUGAAAAUAAUUGUAAAAAUUAUAAUAUGACGUCUCUGAAUACUAAAAACAGUAAAGUUACUAAAAAUCAAAGACCUAAAAGACAAUCCGAAGAAGAAAAAUACAAACUUCGAGAAAAAGUAAUCAAAGAUGAUGCGGAUAGAAAAAAAAAUCAGGUUAAAGAUACUAAACCGCAACCUCCUUAUGACCGAUAAGAAAACAGAAACAAAAACAACAGGGUUAUUACGUUCAUUAUAUAUAUAUAUAUCCUCGGUCCUACUGUACCUAUACUUUCUUUAGGAUAUAUAGGAAAUACUAUGUACUGUAUAUUUGUAUAUUUCACAUGUAAUAACUGAUAAAAUUUCUAGCCCUGUAUUUUUAAUUUCUCAAAAUAAAGUUAAUUUACUCGUGAUAUUUUUGAAUAUUUAUAA